CGAGCGCAGGGCUAGCUCGCCGGGACAGCCUGAGAACGUCUUCAUCGCGGGUGCUUGUGCCGCCAUCUUGGAUGGCGGGAGUUAGAACCGAGCGAGCUUGAGGCGGGAAGGCUUCUCUUCUGUUCUCCGCAGGCCCUCAGACGGGCCAGCUGGCCGAGCUUUGGGGCGCGUGCCCUGAGGCGCGGGGCGCUAGUGCAGCGAUGCGGGACCUUCCCGGGGCCCCGUCCCCCGGGCUGGGGACACGCCGAAUGUGACCGCAACCCGUUCUCUCAACCACAGCUGCCGCUGCACGACGGGACCCGGCGCUGCCUGGCUCCCUCAGGCUUUUGUCUUUCGGUUCCAGAAUCCCCGCCCCCCUUCAGCUGUUAACUUGUGCUGGUGGCUUUUCUGGGGUGAUUGCCCACACGGCAGUGUACCACAGUCUUUUCCUACUGCAUGUGUACGGAGUAGAUGGCGUCAUUUUUACUGUAAAUCUGAAAUACUCUGCCAUCUGCCGACUUCUGUAGUGCCCUUGGACAAUCUUCUUUUAGGGUAUAAGUAUUGUUCAAAUUGCAUCAAUGGAGCACAUACAGGGAGCUUGGAAGACUAUCAGCAAUGGUUUUGGACUCAAAGAUGCGGUGUUUGAUGGCUCCAGCUGCAUCUCCCCUACAAUUGUUCAGCAGUUUGGCUAUCAGCGCCGGGCCUCAGAUGAUGGCAAACUCACGGAUUCUUCUAAGACAAGCAAUACUAUCCGGGUUUUCUUGCCGAAUAAGCAAAGGACUGUGGUCAAUGUGCGGAAUGGAAUGAGCUUGCAUGACUGCCUUAUGAAAGCUCUGAAGGUGAGAGGCCUGCAGCCAGAGUGCUGUGCAGUGUUCAGACUUCUCCAGGAACACAAAGGUAAGAAAGCACGCUUAGAUUGGAACACCGAUGCCGCCUCUCUGAUUGGAGAAGAACUGCAAGUGGAUUUUUUGGAUCAUGUUCCACUCACAACUCACAACUUUGCUCGGAAAACGUUCCUGAAGCUUGCAUUCUGUGACAUCUGUCAGAAGUUCCUACUAAACGGAUUUCGAUGUCAGACCUGUGGCUACAAGUUUCAUGAGCACUGUAGCACCAAAGUACCUACUAUGUGUGUGGACUGGAGUAAUAUCAGACAGCUCUUGCUGUUUCCAAAUUCUACUGUUGGUGACAUAGGAGUCCCAGCACCACCUUCUUUCCCGAUGCGUCGGAUGCGAGAGUCUGUUUCUCGGAUGCCUGCUAGUUCCCAGCACAGAUACUCCACACCCCAUGCCUUCACUUUCAACACCUCCAGCCCUUCCUCUGAAGGUUCCCUGUCCCAGAGGCAGAGGUCAACGUCCACUCCCAAUGUCCACAUUGUCAGCACCACCCUGCCUGUGGACAGCAGGAUGAUUGAGGAUGCAAUUCGAAGUCACAGUGAAUCAGCCUCACCUUCAGCCCUGUCCAGCAGCCCUAACAACCUGAGCCCAACAGGCUGGUCACAGCCCAAAACCCCUGUGCCAGCACAAAGAGAGCGGGCACCAGGACCUGGGACCCAGGAAAAAAACAAAAUUAGGCCUCGUGGGCAGAGAGAUUCAAGCUAUUACUGGGAAAUAGAAGCCAGUGAGGUGAUGCUGUCUACUCGGAUCGGGUCAGGCUCUUUUGGCACUGUGUACAAGGGCAAGUGGCAUGGAGAUGUUGCAGUAAAGAUCCUAAAGGUGGUUGACCCAACUCCAGAGCAACUUCAGGCCUUCAGGAACGAGGUGGCUGUUUUGCGCAAAACACGGCAUGUUAAUAUCCUGCUGUUCAUGGGGUACAUGACAAAGGACAACCUGGCGAUUGUGACCCAGUGGUGUGAGGGCAGCAGUCUCUACAAACACCUGCAUGUCCAGGAGACCAAAUUCCAGAUGUUCCAGCUAAUUGACAUUGCCCGACAGACGGCUCAGGGAAUGGACUAUUUGCAUGCAAAGAACAUCAUCCACAGAGACAUGAAAUCCAACAAUAUAUUUCUUCAUGAAGGCCUCACGGUAAAAAUUGGAGAUUUUGGCUUGGCAACAGUGAAGUCACGCUGGAGUGGUUCUCAGCAGGUUGAACAGCCCACUGGCUCUGUGCUGUGGAUGGCGCCAGAAGUAAUCCGAAUGCAGGAUAACAACCCAUUCAGCUUCCAGUCUGAUGUCUACUCCUACGGCAUUGUGCUGUACGAGCUGAUGACUGGGGAGCUUCCCUACUCCCACAUCAACAACCGAGACCAGAUCAUCUUCAUGGUAGGCCGUGGGUAUGCCUCUCCAGAUCUUAGCAGGCUCUACAAGAACUGUCCCAAGGCAAUGAAGAGAUUGGUGGCUGACUGUGUGAAGAAAGUCAAAGAAGAGAGACCUUUGUUUCCCCAGAUCCUGUCUUCCAUUGAGCUGCUUCAGCACUCUCUGCCGAAAAUCAACAGGAGCGCCUCUGAGCCUUCCCUGCACCGGGCAGCUCACACUGAGGACAUCAAUGCUUGUACGCUGACUACAUCCCCGAGGCUACCAGUCUUCUAGCUGAUGUUGUAGCUGUUCUUAGGCCACCAGGGGACGAAGAAGAGUCAGCAGGCACCACUUUCUGUUUCCUUGGGGGCAGAAUGCAUGUUUUUGGAAACGCUGCUGCUGCUAAGGACCUAGACUACUCACAGGGCCUUAACUUCAUAUUGCCUUCUUUUCUACUCCUCCUGCCCUGGAAAUGGAAGCUGUCCACCAAGCCAGCCUGCUCUGCUCCAGAGGUAUACAAGUCAACGUUGAGUAUUUUUAGGGCAAAUGGCCUUGGAGAGAAGGCAGGGCACUCCAGCUGCUGCAGGGACAUGCAAUUGGGAACUUGGCUCUUUGAGCCUGUAUGUCGCAGGGCACAGACAGUGGUGCAGUGCCAGUUUUGCACAUGGAGUCCUGGCCACCUGAGGGAGCCUGCUUUGGUACUACAGAACUUCAUCACUUUGUGGACACACCUUCCUCUGUGUCUAAGGUGUUCUGUGCCGGUGGCUUUCCAAGCAAGGUGCUCCACCUUUGGCAGCCUCCCACACGCUGAAUCUGUCUUCCAGGAGCUGCCCCUAUGGGGUGGGCCGCAGCCCAACCCUAUCUCUAGUUACAUCUUUGUCUGUAAGAAAGCCAGGAAUACAGGUUUUCUUAAUGAUUUGGGGUUUUAAUUUUGUUUUUAUUGAGCCUGAUAAAAUACAGUUAUCUGAUGGUUCUUCAAUUAUGUUAUUUUAAUAAAAUAAAUUAAAUUUAGGUUUAAU